AUGUCGGACAGUCCUGGUGGCUAUGGCGUCGCCGGUGGAAGCGGCAGUCACGACAACGGCGGGGAUGGCGGAGGUGAUCAGAGCCCCAAGUCCAGCGUGCGCGAGCAGGAUCGCUUCCUCCCAAUUGCAAACAUUGGCCGUAUCAUGAAGAAGGCCCUGCCUGCCAAUGGCAAGAUCGCCAAGGAUGCCAAGGACACAGUUCAGGAAUGCGUGUCCGAAUUCAUCAGCUUCGUCACCAGCGAAGCUAGCGACAAGUGCCAAAAAGAAAAAAGAAAGACAAUUAACGGCGAUGAUUUGUUAUGGGCAAUGGCAACUUUAGGUUUUGAGGACUAUAUUGUUCCAUUGAAGGCCUAUUUAGCUAGGUACAGAGAGGUACUGAAAGUUAUCCUCAUGUUCUGGUUGAUUGGCUCUUAUGUUGCGAGGAAUGCCUUGUUAUAUCUGAUUAUCAGCCUUUAA